UGCCAGGCGUUCAAGACUUGUACAUGAAAUCGAGGUUUCAAAACAAUCAAAAUGGCGAAAAAUUCAGAUGUGGGUGAAAGUGCAGGCGUCAAAGACUUUUUCACCACAGACCGCAAUGAUUUAUACAGCUACACAGAGUGCAGAGCUAUCGGAAAAAAUUUUUUGAAAGAGCUGAAACAAGCCGUAAUAGGGAAGAAUUUGCAAGAAAUCGAAGAGCCUCAUGCAAAAGCUACGAAAUACCUCGAAGAAACAGAAAUUUUACAUCUCUUAGAGGACUUGAUUACCAAGCUUGUUUUUAAGAGACCUGAGAAGCCAAUGGAAUUUCUAGUGAAAGAAAUAGAGGAGUUCAAGAGAAGAGGAUCAGAACGUCAAAGCAUGGACUAAACAACUUGUUAUUAAACAGACCAAUUUUUGAAAUUUCGCAUGGAAAACAGAAAAUAAACAAAAACGAAAUAAAGCUAUACAAAAUCAAACCAAACGAAACAAAAAACAGAUAUAUAUAUAUAUAUAUAUAUAUAUAUAUAUUGGUAGUUUGACGGAGUGGAGUCCAACUUGGCCUGUAAUCGUACAAGUGAUUAACAAACUGGGACAUCUGCAAAGCAAGAGUGCAAUUUGUCAAUCAUGAGUAUGAUUACAGACCAACUGGACAACACAAAGUCCUGUUACCAAUUAAUCAUAACCAUUACAAUUUCCAAGAAAAAGACAUGCAUUUUGGAAAAUAUUACCUGUAGGGAAAAUGUCCAAAGUGAAAAAUUCCUCCAUUUUGGAAAUUCCUCAGAAUAAGAUUAUUUGCUUGUUUCUAUGGUUAUUGUGAUCAAUUCUGUGAUUGGUGGAUUUAGCUGAGUGUACUAAGUUUGAUUGGCUGCUUUAGCUGUUCGAUUACAGGUGUCCUAUGAAAGUGAACUGUCCGAUUACACUAUUCAGAAAAAAACUUAACAGAAUAAUUAGUAAAAAAUAAAGCAGCUAAUAAUGCUCCAAUCGUGUUUGAGGAAAUUGUAAAGGGUAUGAUAAAUGAAAAAAUUAAAGCUAUAAGGCAAAGUACCACAGUUAAAGUAUUAUCAGGAGAAUGUUGGAUUUUGAAGAUCCCAAGAAUUUUGUCCACAAGUAUAAGAGUUAUUGGUAUUAAUCUAUUUUUUGGAAAUCUUUAUAACUGUUCAGAGUGGAUUGAAACAUUUUUUUAAAUAAGACUGCUCUAGUUGGAUUAAUGCUAUUGUAGGAAAGAGCAGAAGAGAGUGUUAGCAAUGUUAUGAUGCCUGUAAGCACGCGUUACGUGCCUGUCCUAUUCUCGGGAAUCAUGGGAUUGUAAGAUAUGUGCAUGUGCUUGCAAGUAUGUAGUUUUGGCUGGACAGAUGUGGAUUAAGAUUAAAGUAUUGUUUAUUUUUA